AUGCCAAGACCAGACAAACCCAAUUGGCCUACGAUGCAUUUAUCAGGCAACCAAUUGGAUGGACUAUUACCACGGUCCUUGGCCCACUGCACAAAUCUGAAAGUUUUGGACCUGGCAGGCAAUAACAUAGAGGAUACAUUUCCCCAUUGGCUAGAAAGCCUCCAGGAGUUACAGGUACUCAGUUUGAGAUCAAAUAAGUUUCAUGGUGUCAUCACUUGUUUCGGUGCAAAGCAUCCAUUUCCCAGGCUGAAAAUUUUUGAUGUCUCAAAUAACAAUUUUAGUGGGCCCUUGCCAGCAUCAUACAUCAAGAACUUUCAAGGAAUGGUGAGUGUGAAUGACAACCACACUGGUUUCAAAUAUAAGUGUAACCAAAAUCUCUAUUGUGAUUCAGUAGAGCUUGUAAUGAAAGGUUGUUCUAGGGAGCUGGUGAACAUAUUUUUUGCUUUCACGACCAUUGAUUUAUCAAAUAAUAUGUUUGAAGGAGGAAUUCCGAUAGUCAUUGGAGAAUUGCAUUCUCUCAUAGGGCUUAACCUUUCGCACAAUGCAAUCACUGGUGUCAUUCCAGGAUCCUUUGGUAAUUUAAAAAAUUUGGAAUGGUUGGACCUCUCGUGGAACCGGUUGAAAGGAGAGAUUCCUGUGGCUUUGAUCAAUUUGAAUUUUCUGGCUGUGUUGAACCUUUCACAAAACCAGUUUGAGGGUAUCAUACCUACAGGUGGACAGUUUAACACAUUUGGAAAUGAUUCCUAUGCUGGAAAUCCAAUGCUAUGUGGAUUCCCUUUGUCAAAAUCCUGCAAUAAGAGUGAAGAUCGGCUACCACAUUCAACAUUUCAGCAUGAAGAAUCAGGAUUUGGCUGGAAAGCUGUAGCAGUGGGAUAUGCAUGUGGGUUUCUAUUUGGAAUGCUUUUGGGAUAUAAUGUUUUUAUGACUGGGAAACUACAAUGGCUGGCGAGUCUUGUUGAAGGUGUGUUUAAUGAAUGAAGAGUGAAAAUGACAAAUCAUAAGGGAAGGAAAUAUUUUACUCUUAGUUUAAUGUGGUACGUUCUUUUGUGUGUAUCUGUAUGUUUUCUGUAAUUUUAACUUGUGUCCUUUG